AUGCCUCGUGACUUCACCGAGAUGGUGGGGGUCGGUGUACAACUCAAAGAAGGGGUAAAAGAAGGAAGAGUGGCUCGUGAUAAUUCUACAUCUGCUAGUAGCACCAAAAAGUUUGAUGGAUGGAAGAAAAAGAAGGAAGGAUAUGUCAAUGUUGUUUACCACCAUCGACCAAGCAAUAGAAGACAACAAUAUCAACCAGUUGCCCAAGUAGUUCCAGCUCCACAAGUGCAACAACCUAUGCUAGGUUACUAUCAACAACCCUUGCCUUAUCCACAAUAUCCACAACAACCACCGCCUCAGUAUCAGCCACAGCGGCAGCAGCAGCAGCAACAACAACAACAACAAAGACAACAACCAUCUACAUCUGCUAUUCAUCAAAAUCCACGUCCUAUGAAGACUCAGUUCCAGUUUGAUCUAAUCCCGACGACAUACACUUAUCUACUACCUUCUUUACUUGCCCAGAAUCUCAUAGAGAAGCGUGUCACGCCACCAAUGACUGACAAGUUGCCUAGAUGGUAUAAACCUAAUGAACAUUGUGCUUGCCACUCUGACGCACCAGGGCAUGACACUGAAAAUUACUUUGUAUUCAAAGGAACAGUCCAAGAACUUAUGAGAUUGGGGAUGAUUAAGUUUAGUGAUAUGCCAAAUGUGGCAACUAACCCAUUUCCUGAGCAUGGUGCAGUGAAUAUGAUUACCGAAGAUGAGAACUUGAUCAUGGAUGUCCUGAAAGUGAAGACUCUGUUAGUGCUUGUGCACCUUAAGCUGUUCAAGGCCGGUAUUCUAAAGCAAAAUCAUGAGAAGUGCUCUAUUUGUUUGAGGGACUCUAAAGGUUACUUCGAUGUGCAGAAAGGUAUACAGAUGUUGAUUUCCAACAGUGUGUUACAGCCAUUGGUCAACAACAAAGUUGUCACUAAUAUUGCCGAUGCAAGCGGUCUCACGAGAAGCGGUGGGGGUUUCACUCCUGCUAAUCUUAGAGGUGGUAAGCGUGUGGUCGAGAAGCCCGACAAUGGUAAAUCUCUAUUGGUCAUUCCUGAUAGUAGACCCAUACAAGAUGUAGAGGCUAAAGAAUUUUUACGCCUGAUACGAAAGAGUGAUUAUAAGGUGGUAGAUCAGCUUCUUCAAACCCAGUCAAAUAUAUUUGUUAUGUCUUUGCCCUUAAAAUCUGAAGUGCACCACCAGGCUCUAUUGAAAGUAUUGGGGAAAGCCUAUGUAAAUCCAGAUGUCACAGUUGAUCAGUUUGACCAUGUAGUUGGAAACACUACGUCUUGCAACACACUAAGCUUUUCUGACAAUGAGUUGCCCACCAAGGGUAAAAAGCAUAAUAACACUCUCUACAUAUCCAUGGGAUAUGAAAAAGAUUAUCUUUCGCAUGUUUUGGUUGAUACCGACUCUUCUUUGAAUGUGAUGCCGAAGAUUACUCUUGCCAAGUUGUCCUAUAUUGGUGUUGAUAUCAGACCAAGCGAGGUUGUUGUGAAGGCCUUUGAUGGUUCUAGGAAGACUGUAAUGGGUGAAAUUGUCUUGCCGAUGAUGGUUGGUCCACAACAGUUUCAAAUCCUCUUCCAGGUGAAGGAUAUUAAUCCUGGUUACAGUUGUCUGCUUGGGAGACCGUUGAUUCAUGACGCAGGCGUUGUCACAUCCAUCUUACACCAAAAAUUGAAAUUCAUCCAAAAUGGCAAACUUGCUAUUGUUUAUGUUUCUAAAAAUCAAAAACAUAAAUGCAUGUGCAAAUUUCUCAAUAAACCAAUUGAACGCAAUAACCCUGCACCCUCUCCCGACUUUGAGUUCCCAAUGUAUGAAGCUGAGGAAGAAGAGUUUGAAGAGAUCCCAGACGAUAUUUCCAGAUUGCUAGAACAAGAGGGAAAGAGUCUCGAGCACUACAAAGAGCUGAUGGAAUUGAUCAACUUGGGCACCGAGGAAGAUAAGAAGGAAGUGUGA